CGAAUUCGGCAUGGAAAAAACACCCCUAAAAAGAAGGGAAUAAAAAUGAACAUCAUUUAAAAUGAUGUUAAAUUUUAAAAUAAGGACAUUUUAGAAUGGCAAUAGUCUCAAUCUCAAUCUCAAUCUCAAUCACAAUAGGAAAAUUCCCAAAGAAGCCCAAUUUGGUUGUCAACUACCCUUCAUCACAGCUGACAAAGCACCUAUAAUAUAAACUAUAAAUUCAUAACCACUCAAAGAUCAAAUAUAUAUGUGUAUAUAUAUAAUACACAUCAGAAACCUUUGUUUUAGAAUGGCAGGCGGCGGCAUGGCCUUUAAGUUAUUUUGUUGUAUGUUGGUGUUUGGGAUGGUCUUGUGGCGGCCGUCGACGGCGGAGCACGGCGGAGACGGGUUGGAGCUCCACUCACUAACCCAAAAGCUAUUGGGUUUGGCGAGGGAAGGGGAGUUCAUGGAGUGGAUAAAAGGAGUCAGAAGGAGAAUCCAUCAGUAUCCAGAGCUGGGAUUUGAAGAAUACAAAACGAGUCAACUCGUGAGGUCUGAGCUCGACUCGCUUGGAAUCAGUUAUCAGUGGCCUGUUGCCAAGACUGGAGUGGUGGCUUCCAUUAGAGGGGAUUCUGUUUCUUCUUCUUCCGCACCUGUUUUUGGUCUCAGAGCAGACAUGGAUGCUCUUCCUCUUCAGGAACUGGUAGAAUGGGAAUUCAAAAGCAAGGUAGAAGGUAAAAUGCAUGCUUGUGGCCAUGAUUCACAUGUUGCUAUGCUAUUAGGAGCAGCAAGGUUGCUACAGAGUAAAAGAGACAAACUGAAGGGAACUGUGAAGCUAGUUUUCCAGCCUGGAGAAGAGUGUAAUGGAGCUUAUCAAAUGUUACAAGAAGAUGCCCUUGAUGACAUAGAUGGAAUCUUUGCACUGCACGUACAGCCCUCCUUACCAACUGGUGUCAUAGCCUCUAGGCCGGGUCCAGUAUGUGCUGGAGCAGGACACUUUUCAGCCUUGAUCCAGGGAAAGGGUGGACAUGCAGCAGCCCCACAUAAGACGAAGGACCCAGUUUUGGCAACAGCUUUCAUAAUUCAGGCUCUUCAACAGAUCGUAUCUCGUGAGACAGAUCCUCUGGAGGCCGGAGUGGUGACGGUCGCAUUUGUUGAUGGAGGGCAAGCAGAAAAUGUAGUUCCCGGGACCGUGAAACUUGGGGGAACUUUUCGGAGCUUGUCGCCUGAGGGUUUCUCUUACCUCAAGGAAAGGAUCAGAGAGGUCAUCAACACACAAGCAAUAGUUCACCAUUGUUAUGCUUCAGUGGAGUUUAUGGAGGAUACACCAGUGAUGGUUAACAAUGAAGCAUUGUUUGAACAUGCGAAGAGAGUAGGAAAUAGCUUACUUGGAGAACCCAAUGUGCAACUCCUUCCAUGGACCAUGGGAGCUGAAGAUUUUGGCUUCUUCUCACAGAGAAUUGCAGCUACCAUAUAUGUGAUUGGGACGGGGAAUGAGACUCUGGGAUCAAAUCGGCCAGUGCACUCACCGCACUUUGUCCUUGAUGAAGAGGCUCUUCCAAUAGGAGCAGCUCUUCAUGCUGCUGUGGCCAUGACUUACUUGGAACACAAUUCAGUUUUCAGCGAUUUAACUUCAAAUUCAAUUCUGUAAGCAAAACAAUAUUUGAGGAAGAACACAUGCCAAAGUUAGGAUGCACAUAUUUCCCAAAUUAAUAAAUAGAAUUGCACUUCAUUACUACCACUGAAAA